AUGCAAGUUCAAACAAAAUUAGUUGUUCUCGACAACCGAAAUCGUUCAACAUGUACUUAUACCACAAUGAAAUUCAAUAAAAAUACAAAAGUGGAAAAUAUCAAACAAUUUAUUCUUGGCAUGUUUAACAAUUUGAAGCUUUUAAUCGAUAUGAAAAUCGAGGAUCCAUCAGCUGGUUUUGUUACUUUGAAUGAUGAGUAUCUGAAAGAAUUCAAACCUUUCAGUAGAAAAGCAAAAAGAUCAAUUACUGCUCAACCGAUCAAUCCAAAAGAAAAAUUGGUUACAGUGCAGAUUACCGUGAAAGAUCAUGAUUCUGAAUUAAAUACCACUCAAGAAUCCAGGCAAUCUAAAGAAGUUGUAGAAGUUGGCGUUCGAGAAAAUGAACCUAUGCAACCAGCUCGCGAAUCUGCAUCAGUUCCAGAAUCAACAGCACCACAUUCGAUUGAAUUAUUUAAUGAUCCGAAAAUGGGUUUUGUUCAAGAUUAUAAUGUCAAUGAAACGCAACGAGAUCAGUAUCUUAGUGAUGCAAGGCGACGUCCACUUGUUAAGAUCCAAGGCAAAAAAGAUCCAAGUAGCAAAGCAGGUGUAUUGCCGCGGUUGAGAAUUUGGCAUGGUGAAAUUCAAAACAGAAUACCUGAUAUUACCUGGAGUUUACUUGCUUUCAUUGUAUUGCAUGUGCGACAGUCGGGAAAAAGCAGACUCUUCUAUCAUCCAAUACGAGCUUUUGUCAAAGAGAAUAAUGUAGAGAAAACAUUCGAUCAUUGUGAAACACCUAUUGAAGGCAAGGAUUGGACAAGUAGUAGAGGAGCCAAACUCAAAUUAACAAUUGUGACAAUCAAAGAAGCAAAAGUAUAUUCUAAUGUACCCGUACGUAUUUUAUGUGAACUCAAAUAUAACAAUGAAAGCAAAUCGUCAAAAUCAUCAAUCGAUAAUAGUGAAUCAUGUCAUAUAGCUCUCGUUCUUAGAAAAGAUAAUGAUAUCCAAUGGGAGACUUUGGUUCUAUCGGAUCCAAUGAUUUUUCCAGAGAGAACUGGUGCAUCAAAAGUAACCAAUCUUUUGAUUAAUCCAACAAGUAUGAAAACAAUUGCAUCAGGACAAAAUAAGCCGAAGAAACGUCAAACUAAUUCAAAUAAACAACCCAGAAAAACGAAAAUACAAAAAGGACAAGAUCAUUUAUCAAUAGCAUAUCCAUCGACAAACAAUAAUAGUUCUAAUUUGCAUGUCAAUCAGGCUCUCCCUGUAUAUUAUAAUACUACUCAAGUUAUGGAUAUGAUGCCUCAAUCAGUGUCACACAGUUCACAAGCCGACUUCGUACAUCUCUUCAAUGAGCUCCAAUGGCCUGCAAACACACUCUUACUUCGAAGUUCAAUUGAUGAAACUAAUGAUCAAUUGGCUAUGUUUGGCUAUGGUCAAAACACGAACAUGAAUAAUCUCGUGCAAAAUGCUAAUUCUCUGCUGUCUAGUGCUAGUGAUUACAACACUCCAAUGGUUUCCACAGAUGCUAACUAUCUUGGUGAUCUAAUUUUGGAGAAUUUUACAUCGGGUAUCGACAGUUUGGACGGUUGGUCGCAAAUGGGCGAAUCUCCAGAAGAUAAUUCUAGCUUCGAGUCAUUUUUCGACUUACUGAAUUAG